GUGCCAACGAGUUAGACGUCAGGUUGUCAGCGGAGAUUGAAAGGUCAACAACUGAACUGUUUAAUUACACGCUUUGUGUGUGCGUUAGUCCCUCUGCUAGUUCGCGUUUGCCGUUGUUGCCCAGGCAGCUGCAGCAUAGUUUCUACUCUGACGAAUUCCACCUUGCGUCUCUUGAUCUUUCGUCAUAAUGGUUUGCAGUGUGAUCGUCUUGGCCACGUUGAUGCAGUUGGUAGUGGCUGAUGUCUACUACCCCACUGCACCUACCCCGAGUCCUGUAACAACAACGAUGGCGACUACGACCACGACAUUGCCGCCCGACGUGACCACGACGGUACCCCACGUCAUUCUGAUGAAUGCAUUGAUGGAUAACAUGAGGCACAUCAUGUCCAUGUAUCCAUCGCUUCCGCACAUGAAUGGGCCUGCUGGAUAUCCUGUAGUGCCAAACUAUCCACCAAUGGGCAAUCAUUAUUACGAGGCCACUACACCUGUUGCUCCGCCCAUGCCCGCCUACAACUACGCGCCUCCGGUUUACGGUGGAAUGCCCUCAGCUCCCGUUAACUAUGGAGCUACCGGUUAUGGAACUACUUACGUCACGACAGCCCAACCUGCCCAUUACGGUGUUCUGAAUAACAAUUAUGGCUCGUCGUACGGGUCUUUCGGUCCGUCCAACAUCUACGGCAUCGGUUCGCGACCUUCGGCUACCUACUACGGCAAUGGAUAUCAACAACAGAUGCCGUACAAUUACAAUAACGCUGGUUAUUACAAUCAACCGUCUUAUCCGAUGAAUAUUGCAUAUCACGGUCCUGCAUGGUAGAACACUCGUCUACCUAUCGAAUAGGAAAAAAUCAGUGCAAUUUUGUUUGUUUUUUUUCUCUCCACUGUAAUUUGUUAUACAACGGUGUCUUUAGUUUCAAUUAUUCCAAGCCAAAAAGGAAAUGCAUAUUUAUUUAGAACAAUAAAAAAAAAUACGAAUUAA